UUCCAUUUCUUCAUUCACCCAGCAACAUCUCUUAAACCAGACUUCACACAACUUGGGGAUCCACUCAAAUGAAUCAGAUUGUCAUUCUCCACCCACGUGACCCACCAAAUCAGUUCCAACAGAGCUCUAGCCUCCCUCGAGCCUCCCUGUUCUAAUCCUGACUAGCUUAUGCAACAGGCGAGGGUGGAAACUUUUGAGAUCAAAUCACUCGAACAAGGCUGGACUCUUUCAAUCCCUCUCCAAGUGCAAUUUUCGGAGACAUACAUCCAGCCUCAGCCUUAUCACUUCCCAUGCUUACCUCGUCGUGACCAUUAUCAUCACCAUCACCAUAUAUUCUUAUUAAUCUUAUUAAUUUUUUUUACAAAGCAACUUCAACUUCAACUUCACACUAAUUAAUCAACAUUUUCUUCUCCAUUCUCUUGAUUUCAUUGGCAAUAUUUCGUGCCCAAAGCUACCCACGAAAUCUACCUCAUUUCCAACUCCCACCACACAUUACCAAAAGGUGAUGCCACUCAUGAUGGAAGACGUCGAUAACAUGGAAGUCGAUAUGGACGACCUCUUUGGUGAUGGCACGGGUUUGUCUUUGCCAUCUAGACCACCACCAUCAAAAGAACUUCAUCAGAGGGUCGAUGAACUGAGAGGAAGCGGAUGUUGCCAAGGUAUUGCCUGGUCAAAGUGGGGAAGCAUUGCGUCUAUAACUCCAAACGGAUCUGGUCUAGAGUUAAGGAAUUUGAGGUGUCACCCAGAAGAUGGUACAUGGGGUUUAAGUGAAGCUACAGUAAUACCGCAAUUGACUAGCAACCUCGAUGGUGGGCCGCUGAAGCAUCUUUCUUGGAGUCCCACUGGCUCCGAGUUAGCAGUCAUUGAUUCCGCUGGCCGUGUGACACUUUUGCAAAUAUUCUCUUCUCUAAAUAAACCUAUGAUGUGCCGUCCUUGUGGUCCAGAACCAGCGGAUGAUUUACAUGCCGUUGUGGGUUGUUUCUGGCUGAAUUUAGGUCCAUUCCAAAAUCGAUCUGCCCCUAGAGUGCAGCAAGGGCCAGCCAUUAAGGAAGCAUCAGGGUUUCGCUACGAUGCCUCUACAGCGCCCAAUCUUGGACCUACACAUCCCAUUCCCACCAAAUCGGCAUUCUUAUACGUCACUUCUAAUGGAUCUUUGCGUCUCUUGUGGCUACAGAGCAAUGGCAAAUGGCUCGAGUCACACACAGAACUAGAGAGCAUUAUUUCAUCCGAUGAUUUAAUCACCCAUGCAGCUAUAUGUGCAGAGAGAAGCCCGUCCCUUUUAAUUGCGCUUGCUACUUCCUCGAAGCAGUUGCGUAUAUUUCGAGCGGUUAUACACUGGGGUCUUCCUCAAACGCAGGAAAAAAUAAACCCAAUGACAAUGACCUUGAAUGCAACGCUACAAACCAAGCCUCUUACUGUAACGAGUUGGUUGCAUGAUGUUCCAGGUGAUACUUUGGAUGCAUCUCAUCUGGAAUCAUCAAUGGUACAGCUUUCUCACCUAAAGUUUUUAUCUCCAACUGUAGAUAAUAAAAAUCACAUAACACCACCAAUUGUUAUGGCUGUUCGUUCUUAUCUACCUGGAUCGACGUCUCAUUACAACCAAGAGGUCUAUUCCACUGUAGAUAGGUGGGAGUUUAGGGAAAGGCCACAACACUCAGUACAUUCCGCCUUUGAGAAUUUGUCAUCGCGUAAGAGUACUGACGGCUCACAACCGACAAAACCCGGGGUUAUUGCUCAGCUCAAGAAACUCGAAAGUUUCACAGUAAAUAAAAUUAUCGUUUCCGUGCAAACCAUGUAUCUUGGAAGGGUCAUCAGCUUUGCAUAUAGUGACAGUUCGGUCGAUUAUCGUGAUCGAAUCACUAUGACUGAAACGUUCAAUGAUGACGAUUUAGAGCGGGUUGUUCAUCUUUCUCAAAUUGGAUUUUCCUACACCGAGGAUGAGCCUUGUUUACAAGUUGCGUUGUCUCCAAGUACUUGCUCAUUAGUGCAAAUAAGAAACGACGGCAAGGUCAAAUGGAAGCAGUUAGAUUAUCAUUUGGGAGAUAUUGGGUCAACAAUGGAACACCCACGGUAUGCCGCAAUGAUAGCCGCUCUAUCCAUAUCUUGUUCUACAUCAGUUAUUAUGUCCAUGAACUAUGAUGACAUAAUUGCUACUGCUCACAAUCUCGCAAAAACGAAAGACAAUCUUGCAUAUGAUUGGCUCAAUGAACUAGCUAAAAUUCUAAAAAUCAUCGCUGAUUAUUCGGAAGAGGCGCAUUAUGAUGUACUAAUACGGAAUACCAUGAUACAGUUGUGUCUCAGCAUUCAGAAUUCGCUAGGCUUCACAGGAGAAUUCAAUGCUCGUAAAUUUGCUGGAAAAUUCUCAUGGCUCGUUUUACAGUUGCGCAAUACUGUUGUGCUUGUCACUAUGGCUGCAAACAUGAAAGUUCCUGGUCCGACUCAUGAUACGAAAUCAACGCCUCUCGAUGAUCCAGAGGUAAUCACUGCCCUUGCUGGUUCUGUUCGCUGGGUUCUCGAUCUCAUGGCUUGGAUAACCGACACUCUCCUCGAACUUCCAAGCACCCUUCCAGAAAAUAUCUCCGUAACAAAUCCCACCAAACUCUCACUCCCUGAACUUCUCGCCUACCUCCAUGCCACCAACAACGUAACCCUUCAUCUCCUCCUUUCUUCUCCUACCCGUGGCUUCCUUACUGCCAUCUGUCGCCGCCUCCAACAUCUUGACUACGUAGCUCGCAAAGCCAUCGCAACCAAUACCAAUCAUCCAAGCCAAGGAGGACAAGGACAGCAAAGCAUUUCCCCGACACUGAGGGCCGCUUAUGUACAGAUUGCUAAUUUGACGAGUAACUGUAUCGUCCGUAUCAAAACAUUCGAAGCCCUUCUCUCAUCCCUAACCUCCUCAAUCAAAUCCGCAUACACAAACCAUAAACCGCCUCUAUCAGGAAACACAAAUAAUAGCACAGGUCCUUCGCGCAAUAAUCUCGAAAUAAAAAUGCUUCUCGGUGGCGAAAUCCCCACAGCAUUUAAAGCAGUUAUCAUCGAUCUCUUCAGAGGCGUACAGGAUAACGAACCGAAGACUCAAAACGACUUGGGAGCCAAUGCAGCAGCACCUGGUUAUUUAUCUAGCGUUCGUCUAGAAAUCGAUCCUGCAAAUCUAUGGUUUGCAGAUUUCACAAUGUUGGAAGUGGACGAGGAUGAGGAAUCGGUGGCGAAGAGAAAGGGGUCAGGGGUUACUAUGGAUUGUUUUAGGAAAACUUGGUUGAUCAACCCUCCCCCAACUUCCUCUAAACUAUCUUCAAAUAAAGCAAUUGAAAAUGGAAACACAGCGGAUAAGGACAAUUCUCUACCGACAAUUCAGGGAUUGGCUACACCGCAAGGAGCAGGGGGCAGUGGUAACACAAAUGGCAGUGCUAAUGGUAAUGCGAAUGGGGGACAAGGAAGUGGAAAUACCACAAAGCGCUGGAGAAGAUGUGCAAGAUGCGCAGCGGUCAUGGAAGAUGUGCUGAGUCAGAGACCCGCGUUGCAGUGGCUGGUUAUGCAGCAGAGAAGAUGUUUUUGUGGAGGCUAUUGGGAUACGCUUGUUAAUGGGGAGAUGGUCGCGUAGAGCUUGAGAUUGGGAUGUGAUGAAGUAUGUGAUGGAGUAGAGAGGAUAGAAGAGAAUUGAGAGAGAGAGAAGAGAGCUAAAGGGAAAGGACUAGAGCUGUGAGAUUGUGGAAAUUGUAGAAAUUGGCUGCAAUGGAUCUGUGAAUGGAUGGUUGGAUAACGGGAUCAAAUUUAUAGGCGGAAACCUAAAUUGUAUUUUACCUUGACGAGAAAAAAGACAGCAUUUGUAAUACCCGACAUACAUGCACAGAUCGACCUUCUCCUCCCCUUUAACAUAUCAC